UGUAAGUUGGAAAGCAAAAUUGCGAGUGUCAAUAUGAUUCUCAGCAAUAAGUAUAUUCUCCUACUUGUGGGAUUGUUUGCUGCUCACCUGAUAUUUGCUGAGUCUGAACCACCAAACAACCAAAAUGAAUCAAGCAACAACUCAUCGCAAAGAUUCUUUUUCUUCAAACGUUUCGUCAAUUGUAACUAUACCACUCAGGCUGGCAGUAGUUGUCUAGGUUGCAGAACAACUUUAUUCUGUGCACAAAGUAACGUAGGUGUAGCGCGACUUUGCAAAGGUUUCCUUAGGCCUUACUGCAACCAAGGAGCCUGUUCGAGUGUCCCGGGGGCAGCUUGCAGCGGUUAACAUUCCUUUAAAUAUUUCAUUGUGUCUAUUAAAACUGACAUUCGUAUGUUCAAUGUUAAUUCAUAAAGAUUGCCAAAUGUAGUUAACUUUGUAACAAAUAAAGUAUUUGAAGACAAAA